AUGUACGUUCUUAGCGAAAGUAAGCCGCAAAAAAAAAAUGCUGGUAAUCGCAGCGUUAAUUGUGUUUACGCUUAGUGUAAAUUUGAGCAAUGCUCAGGAUCAGCAGUUUCCCCGGCAGCUGAUCCAAUAUCAGGCCGGUGGUUCAUCAUUCUCCCCGGUUUUGAAGGAAUUUCCCCGUCAAGAGAUGUUUGAUCUCCAGCAGGGCUUUUCCCCGGAGCUGAGUCCGAGGAGCUCGUCGUUCUCCGGCUCUCAGCGCUGUGUGGUGGAACCGUAUGAGCGCAUUGAGUGUGGAGAGCCUGACAUCACUCCAGCUGAAUGCGAGGAUAUCAGCUGCUGUUAUGAUGCUCAGGGCUGUUAUUAUGCUAGGGCAGUUACUCUGCAGUGCACGAGAGAUGGGCAGUUUGUAUUGGUGGUUGCCCGAGAUGCUACCAUGCCACAUAUCAGUUUAGAUUCCAUCCACAUGCUGGAUAAUGACACCAGUGACCACUGUGCUCCUGUCGGCAGCACUGGCAGCUUUGCCAUGUAUCAGUUUACUGUUAGCUCCUGUGGCACAAGAAUGAAGGAAGAAAACGGUUUUGUUAUUUAUGAGAACAUGAUGUCAUCUGUGUAUGAAGUGGCUGUUGGACCUCGUGGAUCAAUUUUGAGGGACAGUUCGUAUGAGCUGAAGUUCCAGUGCAGGUAUUCGGGAUCAACAGUUGAGGCUCUGGUGAUGGAGGUGAAUACGGUUCCUCCUCCUCCCCCUGUCUCUCAGAACGGCUCACUCCGAGUGGAGCUCAGGCUCGCCAGUGGACAGUGCACUACUAAAGGAUGCUCCGAUGAGGAUAUGUACACCUCGUACUACUCUGAGGCAGACUACCCUGUUACUAGAGCAUUGAGAGAACCUGUUUAUGUGGAGGUGCGGAUUCUGGAGAGGACCGAUCCAAACCUUAUCCUGGUCUUAGACCACUGCUGGGCCACUUCUAAUCCUGAGCCCACAAGUCAACCUCAGUGGGACCUUUUGCUAAAUGGCUGUCCAUUUAAGGAUGACCAUUACCUGACCACAAUGCUUGCUGUUGGACACUCAGAACUGCAGUACCCAUCUCAUUAUAAACGCUUUGUUGUGAAGAUGUUCACUUUUGUAGAUCAGUCCUCACUUUUGCCUCUGGAGGAAAGGAUUUUUAUUCACUGCACUACGUCUGUUUGCCCUCCCUCCAUCACUGAGUCAUGUGAGCCCAGCUGUGGCAGCACGACAAGAAGGUCCAUUUCAAAAGACUCCGAGGAAACGGUUGUAGUUUCGAGUGGGGAGGUUAUACUUGUAUCCCAUUCGCCAGUUUGUGAGGCAAAUCUAGCUAAGGAAGUCCCACAGAUAUUGGAUUAUGGAUUAUGGGCGGCAGGAGCUCUCACUGUGUUUGGGGUCUGUGGGAUUGUGGUGGCUGUUUUAAUACAGGGGCCCAAACCUCGCCCUCAGCCCGCUCCAGUGUGACGUUAAUAAAAUGACAAAAAAGGUG